GGAGGAGGAGAGGGGCACAGGACUGUCAAAGUGUCACACUGUCAAACGUGGGUCCAUUCAGUGUGUCUGCGGGGCCACGCUGGGACGGGUGUGUGACUUUGACAUGCAAACACCAGGCAGAGACUUUCACCAUCAGUGCGGUCACACGUUCCCAGUAGACAUGGUGGACACCCAGCAGCUCCUGGCCUGGCCUGUCGGCUUCAGCCUGAGCGCGGUGGACCUCUCGGAGCUGGACGACAGCUCGCACUCGCUCGACAUGAAGCAUUUGUCCACGUUGGACUACGCCUCCAUCUCCUCCACCUCCAUCCCUUCCCCUCUGUCUCCCACGCACGUGUCCUCCAUCUCUUCCGUUGGCGUGGCCUACGACCCCAGUCCGCCGCAGAGCGAAGAGCACCUGACGAACAUGGACUACACAAACAUGCACAGCUACCGGGCAGAGCCGAUCAUGCACAAUUCAAUCAAGCUGGAGCCAGAGUCGCCGCCUCAGUACUCGGACAGUCCCGCGUUCUCCAAGCUCCAGGACGACGCGUCGGCGACAUCGCUGAACAUCGAGUGCCGUGUGUGUGGGGACAAAGCCUCCGGGUUUCACUAUGGCGUCCAUGCCUGCGAGGGCUGUAAGGGUUUCUUCAGACGCACAAUCAGGUUAAAGUUGGUGUACGAUCACUGCGAUCUGCACUGUCGCAUCCACAAGAAGUCGCGCAACAAGUGCCAAUACUGUCGCUUCCAGAAGUGCCUCAAUGUCGGCAUGUCACACAACGCUAUUCGUUUUGGCCGAAUGCCCCAGGCAGAGAAGGAGAAACUGCUGGCUGAGUUCUCGUCUGACAUGGAGCACAUGCACCCGGAGGCAGCCGAUCUGAGGGCUCUGGCCCGGCAUCUGUACGAGGCCUAUCUGAAAUACUUCCCCCUCACCAAGGCCAAGGCUAGGGCCAUCCUCUCCGGGAAGACCGGAGACAACGCGACGUUUGUCAUCCAUGACAUGAAGUCUCUAAUGGAAGGAGAGCAGUUCCUCAACUGCAGGCAGAUUCCCAUCCAGGAGCACCAGCAGCAGCCCUCUGUCCUCACAGCGGGACACGGAGGGCUCACAGAAAUUUACAUGGGGCCAGAGUGUGGCGUUUUGGGAAUGACGAGCAUCAGCGGGCAGGGGCCGACGAACGCUGUGGAGCUACGCUUCUUCCACAGCUGCCAGUCGCGCUCGGCCGAGGCCGUGAGAGAAGUGACGGAGUUCGCCAAGAGCAUCCCCGGAUUCACUGAUCUGGAUCUCAAUGAUCAGGUAACCCUGCUGAAGUACGGUGUGAUAGAGGUGUUGAUCAUCAUGAUGGCACCUCUGAUGAACAAAGACGGGACCCUGAUCUCCUACGGACAGAUCUUCAUGACGCGGGAGUUCCUCAAAAGUCUCAGGAAACCUUUCUGUCAAAUGAUGGAACCAAAGUUUGAGUUCUCCGUGAAGUUCAACACGCUGGAGCUGGACGACAGCGACAUGGCGCUGUUCCUGGCUGUCAUCAUCCUCAGCGGAGACCGUCCAGGCCUUCUGAACGUGAAGCCCAUCGAGCAGCUCCAGGAGACGGUGCUUCAUGCGCUCGAGCUGCAGCUGAAGCUAAACCACCCGGACUCUCUGCAGCUGUUCGCCAAGCUGCUCCAGAAGAUGACCGACCUGCGUCAGAUCGUCACGGACCACGUCCACCUCCUCCAGCUGCUGAAGAAGACCGAGGUGGACAUGUGCUUACACCCGCUGCUGCAGGAGAUCAUGAAGGACUUGUAUUAGGAUUUAACGGAAGAGAACAAACAGUGGGAAGAAAAGUUCAAAAAUAGACAAACAAAAAAAGAUUUUUAUUUAAAAAAAAUCGUGGGUUGAUGGUGUGUCGAAAAAGGUCAGACAGGCUGACUGAAAUUGAGAAAGAGAUGGGGGGGAGGGCAUCAAGGAAAGAAAGACAGAAUGUGAAUCUUGUCUAGACGGCAACAUGUGUAUAACUCGCGGCACACAGUCAUUUAGCCACUGCUGAGCCUGGACAUUUUGUCAUGAGUAGGCUGCCAACUUAAAUACGAAACUACCACCUAUUGCACCAAUCAGGAUGAGCGUUUGUGACUAACUGAGAGAGUGGGGACUUUCUUAUUGGCAAGCUCAGGCAUAGAAAUAUGAACGCUCAAAUGCAGCCUGCUUCAAGUGCCUUGACAUGUAUCACUGUGAAUAUUUCACACCUCGUGUCCUACAGCACAGUGUGUGUUGUCGUUCAUGUGCAGCUUAUCUACAUGUUGCAUUACAAGUGUCAGAGGCAGCGACAAUGUAUAAGUGCUUCAGUACCUCUGGGAACACGCAGAAAUGCGUGAAUGCUCACACACACACACACACACACACGUACUCAAACAAACAAUGCACAGACAAGUCAUUUUCAAUAUUUUGGCAUCAGGGUGAAGGUGCCGUCUCUUUUUAAUCAACUUAAUCCAAAGACAGAAAUCAGAUGUAACAUGUUUUAAUCCCGGUCACCUGCAGAAACUGUGAGAAAGUAUUGAGGGCAACAAAAGGGCACAUUACCCUGAUGAUGUCCGCUCUUCGUUGAAAUAUGAGUCUAUGUCAUAUUGUGCCUUUUGCGAUUUUGAUGUUUGACUUUGUUGUGAAAUGAAUGCCAUUAAUAAAAUAUUAUAUAUUAUACAUAUAUAAUGUGUAAUGUAUAUUCACUUGUAUUAUUUUCAUACAGAUGUGUCAAAGUUGAAGUUGUUUUAUUUCAAAUUCUAUAAAACUGGUUGAGUUAUAAUUUGUACUAUGAAAUUAUAUUGUAUCUACGCAAAGUGUCUUCUAUGUCUGAUUAAUCAGAUGUUCUUUUUUUGGGGGGGCGGGGUUCAGACAAAGGGAAUUGGUUUAAAACG